AAAAGGGAACUGCGCUCAACUUUUGCAGGAUAGAGGGGGCUCUCUGCAGGGCAGAAAGGACACUUAAAUCUGGACUAACCACAAGCCCUGUGUUUUAGGUAACUUUAUUGUUUUCUCUUUACAAUAGUUACAACAAAAAUGACAGCAACUAUCGUUCCUCCUUUCUUAGAAUACACCGACGUGAACAAGAACAAUAAGAUGUUGAAUUACAACAACAACACUUUCGGUGGGCCCCACAACAACGGCUCCUCCUUGCUGGACAGGAAGGCGGUGGGGGGCAGUGGGCUGUUGCAGAACUGUGACUCAGUCACCCUUCCCAACGCUAAAUUCAACCAGAACCAGUUCAUCAACAGUCUGAAGGUGGACCCCUUCUCGCUCCUGAUUGGUGGUUGCGGCAGUAAAAACAAGGAGAACUGCUUCCGAGAUCGCUCCUUCUCAGAGACCGGGGAGCGCCUCAAGCCGGGCAGUCAGCUCCAAGCUCUCGGCAUCGGACAGGGCCAGCAGCAGGUCAACUCCAGCCGCUACAAGACGGAGCUGUGCCGGCCCUUCGAGGAGAAUGGCUCCUGCAAGUAUGGUGACAAGUGCCAGUUUGCCCACGGCAUGCAAGAGCUGCGCAGCCUGAGCCGCCACCCCAAGUACAAGACAGAGUUGUGUCGCACCUUCCACACUAUGGGCUUCUGCCCCUAUGGCCCGCGCUGCCACUUCAUCCACAACGCAGAGGAGCGCCGCGGCCCACCGCCACCCCUCUCCACUUUCAACAAGAUGGAGCGCCCUCGCCUCCAGCACAGCUUCAGCUUCGCUGGCUUCCCGAGCCAGGGCGGUCUGCAGGUCAGCCCCACCUCGGUCACCCCGCCACCUAUCUCCACCGAUGAGGACAUGAGUGACUGGCCCAACAAACCCUUCACCUACACCAGCCAGGAGCUGGCCAACCUGUUCGGGCCCAGCUUAGGGGGGGGCCUCCCUGUCUUGGAGCCUGGUCUGCUGACCCCGGCAACGCCCUCCCCCACCGCCCCCUGCUUCUUCCGGCCCAUGUCGGAGUCUCCCGCCAGUCCCCCGGACUCUCUCUCAGACCUGGAGGGCUACCAGAGCAGUCAGAGCGGCUCUGAGUCCCCCAGCCUGGACGCCUCACGCCGCCUGCCCAUCUUCAGCAGGCUCUCCGUCUCUGAUGAUUAGUGUCUACACACCCCCCCCCAUGGUCCCGUCCCUCACCUUGUUUACAACCCAGAAGUGGACAUGGUAGUUCUAUGCAGCAGUGUUGUAGCCACUUAGUCCAAUCAAAAAGCAGAUUUCCUCCUCUGCAGAGGAACCUCCCCCCCUGCCCUCCUCAUCUCAGAUUAAUCCGAUUAGCCAAUGAACAGAGGUGUCUUUUAUUUGACCCAAAUGGUCACUAAAGAAUCGUGAUACGUAGCGGUUAACAUGAGAACACUAGUUCAAGACAAGUCGUCCUUGGGUGAAGGGCUACAAUAACGGUGAACGGUAGAAGAGAUGGAUCAGAACAUGUCAGUGACAGCUCCAGUGUGUCCCAUGUCACGAGUCCCCUGUCGUUUUGGUGCAUAGCAGUUCUGCAUAUCGUCACGUGACCAUUGCUGCCUGUGCCACAGCUAUCUUCAAACCUCUCAUCCUUCUACGCCUCGAGAGGACUUGUGACAAAUCAGUGCUCCAUUUACAAUGGGUCACCUUUUUCUUAAAAUUAAACCAGCAAAAAUAUUAUUGGACAAUCAGUUCUGAUGAAGUGCCUUGGUGAUGUCCGAUCAAUGUGUACCAAGACACCUGUGGGACUACAAUGGUUACUUUUAAUGAUCCCACUURUUUUCCUGCCCCUCUAUUUUUGAAUUGUGUAAUUUUUGGAUAUGAGGACUAGACAAACGCACAGAUGACUUUUGUUUAGAAUAAGGGGGGGGGAGAAUUCAAAUGUUAUUUUGGUGCUGAUAUGUGCUCUCUGGCACCAUGAUCACAACCCAUAAGAGUAAUCUGUGGUGCCCUUAGAAAAUGUCUAUCUGUAGUCGUGUUGAAGGUCGGAGGAGUAGGACUGUUCAUAUGAGUAAACUCUGGCCUAUUAAUAUUUGAGCUUGUCCUGUCUCCCAGGACCCCCCCCCACCACCACUCAGUUUAAUAGCUGACUGAGAGGACCCCUCUGACAAAAARCUGAGUGAAAAGCUCUUCCAUUAAUUCCACCUUGUUCAACAUUAUUGUUUAGUUUGUUUUGAAAACCUUGAGGUUUUUCCUUGUCACUGAUUAUUUAACUUAUCAGAAUGUAUUUAUUGCUGAUCUUAAGGCAUUUUUUUGUAUUUAUCUUGAUAAUGAAACAAUAGAAUAUAUUUUCCUUUAUGUUAAAUUAUGAUCUUCUGUAUUGAUUGAAGACUUUUUUUUAUUUUCUCCGACAGUUAAUAUAUUAUACAGCAAUUACAUUUUUCUGUUUUGUAACUACACUUUGAUUUAUUUAGAAAGUUAAUCUUAAUUUAAAGUUAUUUUCGUUGUAUUUAUUGUUUUUCCCCUUCCCUGAUGUUGAACUGUGGUGUUCAGGUUGUGUUUUCUAUCCUAAUCCUCCUUCCAGUUGUGGAUUGCAGCAGCUCUACAAGGUUCUCUAGAAUGCAGACUUGGGUGUCAGUCCCCUUCCUGUUAUUUCACUUUCUUUUGACCAGGACAAACAUUAAUUUUAGUAUUUAAGUCACUCUUAGCCUAUAUAACCAGCGUUUUUAUGCUGCUAACAACAAAUGGAAAUGUCUUGAAUUAGUUAAUUAUGGACGCUCGCAAAUUCCACAAUGCCAGUACACAUUUAUUAGCUUUUUUUUACCAAAUAAGGUGAUGUUGUUUUGGUCAUUUUUGUUGGACCAGUCAUUCCCAUUUAAGUACCUAUCAAUACAUUCCAGGUAUCCCCAAGCAUUGUGCCUUUAUCACARGUUUUAGAACACAGAGCAGAUUUAAGCCUAAACCCCUUGUAGUGGAAUAAAGGUUAACAGGGUUGACGUCAAUCAACAGGUGAAUGUAUUCUCUUUUUAGCAGCUGUUGCUGUUCUCUAUAGUCUUCUUCAUUCUCAUGUAUUAUUUUUGUAAUGACAGAUUGCAGUUUAAACUUUAAACCAAUAAAAACCCAUAUUUCUAUUGAA